GCUACCAGCAUUUCUUCACGGUUUAUUCCCACAGUUGGAUAAAGUGUGCAAAGAUCUGGGAAGAUGGAUCCUGAAAUACAGAAGAUGAAGGAAGUUGUCCUUGUCUACCUUGACAGAAGCGGUGGCCUUCAGAAAUUUGUGCAUGAUUGCAAAAAAUACAACGACUCAAAACAAAGUUAUGCUGUUUAUCGUUUCAUAAUUUCAAUUAAUCCUUCUGACGUUGCUGAAUUGGAUGCAACUCUUGGAAACUAUAUUCUUCAUAAUCCCCUACAAGCUGCACAGAUUUUUCAGUCAGUAUGCUUUGUAGCUAUUAAGACAUUAUCAUUAAUUGAACAAUUGCAGACAGAAGCCCAAAUCAGUAUAUUGCUGAGACCAACACAUUUGCCACCUUUACCGAGUUAUGUUCUGAGUCUUUCUGCAUAUCCCUUUAAUUACACAUCUCAAAGAUUUUAUAUGUCUGAAGGGAUAGUGAUUGCAAUGGGAACUGUAACAAAAUACACACAAGGAGCAAGAUUUCUUUGUACUGAGGAAACCUGUCCAUUCUCUGAAGGGUUUAGGUGCAUCAGAGUGCAUUGUCCUGGAGCUACAGAGUCUGCUACAGUGAGGACUGAUUUUGUGUGUAGCUUGUGUUCUUCACCACUGCAGGAAGACAUGAAAUUUAGAGUACUUGGUGAUAAACAAAUAGUUGAAAUGAUUGAUGCUAAAAUUCUGAAUGCUUUGAAAGGAUAUUCCAUUGAUAAAUCACACUUUAGGAUUCAGGCAUUUACAUUGUUCUUGAGAGAUGAACUGGCCAAUAAAAUGAUAAUAGGAAACCACUACAGGAUUAUAGGAAUUCCAGCUUGUGUACAAAACGGCCUACAAAUGACUGCAUGUAUAGAAGUCAAUAGUGUACAGCUCUAUAAACCAAAUGGUCCUUCUUUUGUCAGUGACAAUUUUAAGUAUCUGCUCUCACUGACUUCAAGUUCACGCUGGAGGUUUAGUGCUGUCCUGGCCAACAUCUUUGCUUCUCAAGUUGUUCCACCAGGCACUUACAAUACUCUUAAACUUGCAAUAUUGCUGAGUCUAGUACAGACGUGUGAAAAAGAAAAUGCAGAUUAUCUGGAUCUCUUGAUUAUGACAAGUGACACGCUAGUAAUUGACAGGCUUUUGAAUUACAGCUUAUGUCUUCUGCCCCGUGGCAUACGACACCCACCUUCCAGUGACAUUUUUCCUUCUGUGUCCAAAGAUAAACAUGGAACUGGAAGUGCCAGUAUUCAAGCCUGCAGCGCUGUGCUGGCCAAGGGUGGCAUCUGUUACAUAGGAGACUUAAGUUCAUAUAAAAAGGAUAAACUUGAACUUCUACAGUCUGUGCUAGAGAGCAGAACAACAACAGUAUUUAUUCCUGGGAAGAAGUAUGGAGAAGAGGCUGACCAACAAGUUACUGUUUCAGUUCAGACCAACUUUUGGUCCUUUGUAGAUGUGGACUCUUCCUCAAAGAAACAUAUACAAAAGGAGAACUUUCUAAUUGGACAGAUGGAUGUGAGUUUGAUUCCAGUUAACCUUGUAGAUGGUUUUGGGCUCUUGAUCUACAGUGAGUUUCCUUCCUGUCGCCUGUCUUCUCCUGUUGUACACCAUACCUUGAAAAAAGCCAUUAAUCCUGAAGCCAUGCUGUACAAAGUCUCACAGCAGUUCAGAACACAGGAUUAUGAGGAGUUUAUUUCAUAUGCUAGGAAUCUUCAUGUUGAACUGAGUUCAGAAGCAGAAAGUCUCAUUCAGGGCUACUAUCUUGCAAGUCGCAGGGUGAGAAGAGAUUCCAUUCACGGAUCAACGUUAUCAGCCUCUGCACUAAAAAUUCUGAUUUCACUGGCUAAGGCCCAUGCCAAGCUCAGUUUAAGGCAGACAGUACUUGAGGAAGAUGCAGUGAUUGCCGUCUUGUUACUGGAGUCAUCGCUGACCCUAAAACACGGCACAUCUGCAUUAUGUGUAGCACCAAAUCCUGUAUUUCCAUUUGACCUCAGUGAUGAAAACUCCCUGCAACAGAGAGAUAUUUACCUCAUGCAGUGUCACCAUCAACUGCUGAAGUUUAUUGCUGCCUAUAGCCCAGGAAUUCACAUUAACACUAAUGAAGAGUAAAAACUCCACUCUAAGUAAAGCCUGAGGC